CUUAACUCAGAGGCUAUAUUAUAACUCACAGGAAUAUAGCCAAGCAUUCAUUUCAUUUUGAUCAACCAGUAGAGGUCCACCAGAAAACCUGCAAAAUAUGUUCCAGUUGCCGGAUUCUAACAGGAGCAAUUUCACAGUCAGAGAGUUUGUCAUUGUUGGUGGAGAGCAGAGUCUUGAAGAGUUCUAUACAGAACUUUCUGUCUCCCUUCUGUUGGUCUACUUUAUAACUUUGAUAGGGAACCUUGUGAUUAUAGUUUUGGUACUGAUAGACCACAGACUUCACACACCUAUGUAUUAUUUUCUUUGGAAUUUGUCUUUUGUUGACAUAAUGAUUACAACGACUAUUAUCCCCAAAAUGUUAGCAGUGUGUCUGAUGAAUGACAAUGUGAUUUCAUUUGAGGGAUGCUUUUUACAAAUGUAUUUCUUUCUAUCUUUUGAAUGUACUGAAUGCUUUCUUCUGACUGUAAUGGCCUAUGACAGGUACAUUGCCAUAUGUAAGCCUCUGCAUUAUAGUACUAUUAUUACAGAGAGAAUGUGUAUCAUACUUGUAGCCAUCGCCUGGAUUUUAGGGUUGUUAGGGCCAGUCACAUCAGUGAUUUUAGCUGCUCAGUUGCCAUUUUGUGGACCAAACAAACUAAUCUAUUGGUUUUGUGAUUACCCACCUGUUGUUCAACUGGCCUGUACAGACACGACAUUUCUAAUCGAUCUGGCCCUUGCAGUUGCAAUGAUUGUAAUUUAUAUUCCAUUUUUGAUAGUUUUUUGGUCUUACGUUAGAAUAAUCAUAUGCAUUUUCAGAAUACCACCUGGUGAAGGUCGCCGUAAGGCUUUUUCAACUUGUUCUUCACAUCUGAUUAUUGUUCUUCUCUAUUUUUUUUCCAAUGGAUUUGUUUACAUCGUUGUAAGGAUUGGAAAUGUAUCCUCUGAUACACGCACCUUACUCGCUGUAUGCUACUCCUUUGCAACCCCAAUGGCAAACCCCAUCAUUUAUAGUUUAAGAAAUAAAGAAAUAAGAGAUUCUUUUGUAAGACACACUGCAGUGAACAGAGUAUUUCCUUGAACUCUAUAUACUCACUGUAUUUGUGCCAGUGGUUUCAGGACUAAGAAAACCUAAUACUCACAUGUCGGGUGAGAUCUAUAAGCUGUAUAGUAGAAGAAUAUUACAGAAUGAUGCAAACAAAUCUAACGAUACAUUCACAGCUCAAUAAGAUGUUAUACCCUAUUCAA